AUGCUGUUCCUGAUGGAAACCAAGCAAAGUGAUGACUACGUAAGGGAUGUUGGAGUUCAGUUAGGGUAUGAUCAGAUGAAAAUAGUUUCUCCGCAGGGUUUAAGUGGUGGUUUAGUUGUGUUUUGGAAGAAUUUCGUUUCAGUUUCUUGUAUUUCGUUUGAUUCCCGUCUUAUAGACAUCCAUGUUGAAUACAAAGCUUUUCAAUUCUACUUGUCGUGUGUCUAUGGUCACCCAAUACCGAGUCAACGAAAUCAUUUAUGGGAGAAACUACAACGAAUUGCAGUGCAUAGACUUGGUCCAUGGAUGAUGUGUGGAGAUUUUAAUGAGAUUUUGAGUAAUGCAGAGAAAAAAGGAGGACGUAUUAGGUCUGAGAGUAGCUUCAGAAAUUUUCGUUUGAUGAUGGAGACUUGUGAUAUGCAGGAUAUCAGAUCCAAAGGUAAUCCUUUCAAUUGGGUGGGUAAUACAAGAAGUGGUAUUGUUGAGUGCUGUUUAGAUCGUGUUCUAGCUAACUCAGAAUGGAGACGACUUUAUCCAGCUUCUGAAACAAAGUUUUUAGAUAUAGCAGAGUCUGAUCAUAGGCCAUUGUUAGUCAUCAUUGAAUAUGAAGAGAGAAUCAAAAGAGGCCAAUUCCAAUAUGAUAAAAGACUAUGUCAAGAAGAAGAUUUUGUUGAAACGGUAAGGCAUUUUUGGAAGCAUAAGAGUUCUCAUAUUCAGGAUUUCUCAGUUAAGCUAAAAGUAUGUCGUACAGAGAUGGCUAAAUGGAAAAGGAGGCAUCGUUUUAAUUCAGUUGAAGAUAUUCAGACUAUUCGUACUCAAUUAGACAGAGCUUUGAGAGAUCCAACAGUAGCGGCUUGGGAGAUACGAAGUUUGAGAGCUAAUCUGAAUAAGGCUUAUCAUAAUGAAGAAGUGUUUUGGCAUGUUAAAAGCAGAAAUAAAUGA